AUGACAAGUGAAGAAAUCCUGCGAUUCAAGACCGCGUUUGCAUUUUCUGUUGUUACCAAAUUCUUCGCUCCACAAUCCCUGAACAACUUCAUAUCAACACGAUAUAUGAAAGCAGUGUUUGAUAUAGAGAACAUUCAUGCCUACAACUGGGCACAAUUUGUUGCCGACGAGCUCAGACUAGCAGCAGCAUCUCUGCAGUUGAAGCUUUCCCGUGGAAAGAACAUUGGAUACAUCAAUGGAUGCAUGUUAAUCCCUCAGAUUCACUACCUAGACAGCUUGGACUUUGGCAAGGAUUCUCCUCCUGACCACAUUCUUCCCCGGUUUGCUGCAUACAACGACGCCAUGGUACAAGAAGAUUUAUUCACAUAUACAAACUCAAUUUCUGCUGCCGACCAACUGAGAAAAAUUUGGCUACACAUAUCUGAUCCAGUCCCAAGGUUUCUAAAAUUGCAACAGAUACAAGAAGCCCUCGCAUUUGACGCUGAAAUGCAAGAUGAUGCAUUCAAUGUUGCUGUCCAAGCACUAUUCGAGGAUGAGGUGCACAGGUUCGGGGGAACAGAUUUCCUAGGCUGGAGGCACUUCUUGAAUCAAGAUUUCGCGAUGCACGCAACCGCUGGUGGCGCAGACUGGAACCCCGAGGAUCAUGUCUACUUAUUCAACGACAUUCACAUACCAUACGACGUCUCAAAAAGCCGUCUGAUAUAUAUCCCUCUCCACCAACCGUUUCAUUUCUCAGUCUACGCAUUUGAUAUGGAGAACGAGAAGAUUCAGAUCAUGGACCCCUUAAGAGAUACAAGCAAAGGAGGGCAGGACAUUGAAGCUAGGCACUCUAAGACUAAAGAUCAUAUUGCGAAAGCAUUGCAGGAUUGCAUGGUCAUCUCUUUUCCAGACUGGAAACGCAAUAUUUCUAGCUGGCAGCAUGAGUUCCCAACAAAUAUUCCAGCAACUGCUAAUAGGUUAUGCAUGUUUUUAGUACACACACGUACGAGCACCACUUUAAAUAUGCAUUCCUAA